UACUGAACCGGAAAUUUCUCACCACGUGUACAAACUGUUUACCUUUUUGUGCAAGAUAUCGCGUUUGUGUUUGCACCAUGAGAAAACGAACGAUCGCGAAACCUAAAGCAGUUUCUGACCAUGGGAGUGGAUCAGUUCAAAAAGAGGAGUAUUCGGUUAAGUCUAGAGGUGAGCAGUCAUCUGACAGUGGAGGCGGAGUGACCUUCGGUAAACGUCUUCUGAAAGCUGUACAAAUUCUGAUCAUCAUUACACUGGUUCCACCAUUCCUGAACUAUGCAGCAUUACAGAAAGAGGCCUCAGAACUCAAACCUAGUCAUGGACAACUAUAUGAUGUUGCAUGGGGACAAAAAUUAUUGAAAAUGUGCCAUGGAAAAGGCCCUCCCACAGUUAUAUUGGAUGCCCCCACUGGUAUGACCUCAGAUGUCUGGGAGUUAGUUUGGCCAAGCAUAGCAAAAGUCUCUAGGGUCUGUGUGUAUGACAGAGCAGGGCUUGGUUUCAGCGACCGCCCAGUGAAGAACUACUCUCACACAGAUGGGGAAGAUGCCAAGAGUAACAUCAGGAACAAGUGGCAGCCAUUCACAGUCGAGAGAAUGGCAGAUGACUUGAACAAAUUGAUAACGACAAGCAGUCAAGAACCUCAACCCAUUAUAUUAGUGGGAGCAGAGUUAGGGGCCCUGGUCGCACAAUUUUACACUCAAAUGUUUGAAAACCAGGUUGCGGGGAUGUUGCUGAUUAACCCUUUGUCGGAUGAUCUGUUUGAACAAGACUCAGGUUCAUGGGAAGCGCAUUGGUUCAGAAAUUUGAUUCCAAAUUUCCAGAGCUUACAGCUUGGUGCAGCGCUUGGUUUGGUUCGAUUGGCAUUACUUGUAGGACUGAUGAAUCAGCCUCUGACAGGCACUAAUCUACCCGAGGACGUUACCAACAGACAGAAAUACCUACUUUGUCAUCCCAAACACCUCAGUUCCGUGGUUGAUGAGUACCAUUUCAUUAAUGAAUCAUUUUCACAAAUCAGGACGAUGAGGAUGUUAAAAGCAGUUCCCAGCAAUGUGUCUGUCACAGUACUAAGUGGAAAUUACUACGAUGAAUUAAUGCCUGGCCAUUUAAACAAGGCAUGGGCCAAGUCAGAGCAGAAUUUACUGACGAAACAUUAUCCUAGGGCGAAACACAUUGUUAUAAACAGUUCAGACAGACAUAUGUUAUAUAGAAAUCCAGAUGCUAUUUCAGAGCAGGUGAUAAAAAUGAUCAAACAAGUUAGAAACAAAUUAAGAAUAAAAAGUAGUUAGCUUGCAA